GGAAACUUUCGUAUAAUCAACCGCGGACCACAACAACUGUUUGCAAGUAUUGAAACUAUAAAGAUUAGCUGAGGUUGCACUAGCGCAAACAGUGAUAAUGAUUAUGGCGAAGAUUCAGAACGGAAGUUUAGUGUUAUUGCUCUGUUUGGUUGCGCAUUGUGCUUUUUCCAGCGCGAGUCCUUUCCCGACAACAAAAGAAGUCGAUAACGCAGCGAGAGAAGAAAAUCCAGCUAACGUGAACGUUUACCUUGUGAGGACGAAAAGAUUCGAGGACCAACGCGGCUCCAGUUCAGGCUACAUGUACAAAACGACAGGUCACGACGGACCCACUAGUUAUGUGCACUUCAAGACUUCCUACGGCCCGCUCAAACCCUCCGCAAACGCCAAAACUGAGCAACAAGUUUAUAGCAUACCAGCGGAUCUUCCACCGAUCACCAAACACCUAACCAAGAAAGAAAUCGACGAGAAUGAUAAGUACACAAACGCUGCUGAAGUUUUCGAAGAUAACGAAGGUCCCACACACAUGGAGUACAACUCUGAUGAUGACAGCGAUGAUGAAGACUACGAGGAAGAUCACGGGUCAAGUUACGAAGAUGCCUCCUCAUCAAAACACGGCUCCAAGGGACAAUCAGGAUACAGUAACAAAGAAAACUUCGCCAAGGGCGCAUCCGGUGAGCAUGAUGAGGAAAACUCAGCUGGAUCACACGCAGCUUCAGGCGGACACAAAGCCGCCAGCCAUGAGGACGCCGGACAUUACGCAGAGGGACACGCAGCGGGAAGUUCAGAAAAUGGCGGCUCACACUCACAUGCCGAAUCACACAAAAAAGGAUCCAAAACCAGUGGAUAUCAUAAGAUCUAUCGCAAAGAUGAGUACAAAAAAGAUCACACAUUCUACGACGAGAAGGAUGUCAAAGGACAUUUUGACAGCUAUGGUAAAGGACACAAAGAACAUGCCAGCGCAGAGGGUGGGUUUCGCAAAGGUGGGAAACACGCGAGUGCCCACAAGGAAGGAGAACAAUCAGAGAAAGGACACUUUGAUAAAGGGAGAUACAAUCAUCAGGAUGCCGGUUAUAGGGCGAAAGAUGGCGGUGAGAAAUAUUACCAAAACCGUGCGGAUUACAAAGGUGCAGAUGGAAAGCAUUCUUAUCGAGAGCAAGCUUAUUAA